AUGAAGGUGAAGAUGAAGGACCGCCAUAGGCGUAGUGGCUUGGUUCGCUUGGCUUUGGGUCGCGUGAUUCCAAGAUGCGAUGCCUGCUUGCCAGGUGGUGGUGGAUGUGGAGGUUUUGAAGGAGGUGGUGGUUGUGGUGGUGGUGAUGGUGGUGGUGGAGGUGAAGGUGGAGUUGGUGGUGGUGGUUGUGGUGGAGGUGGAAGUGAAGGUGGAGUUGGUGGUGGUGGUGGUGGUGGUGGAGUUAGUGGUGGUGGAGGAGGAGGUGGUGGUGGUGGUGGCGGUGGCGAUGGCGGUGGUUGUGGAGGUAGUGAAUGUGGUUGUGUAAGUGGUGGAGUUGGAUGUGGAAGUGGAGAUGGUGUUAUUUUUUAA